GCCUUUGUGCCUUAUUAUCGACAAAGGAUGCGAGAGAAACCGAUUGUACAAACAAAAAAAACAUCAUCCAAUCCACAAUAAAGAGUUAUAGGCGCGAAGUAAACCAAAAUGGCGAUCAAAUUUAAAUUUUACAUCAUGGCCGCCAACUUGUGAUCUAUGGAAAUAACUAUCAAAUGCUAUGGAAUCAAGAACUUUGACGUUUGUUAACCUAACCUUGUAUAUUUUUUAAAAAACGAGAGGAAUAUGUCUUCAAUAUUAAUAAAUUUACCGGAAUUUUAUAAAUCUUACAAAGUAUGGAUUAGUAAAAAUCCACAGUACACAAGUGAACUAGAAUCUACAGUGAAAUGGGUUACGUUUUUCCUCGCUGGUAGAAUUAACAAUUCUCACGUUUUAACACAACUUGUAUAUUCCCUUUCUAAUCUUCUAACAUUUUUCAAUGAUCGUACGAUCAGUAAAGAAUUGAAUUUAGAAAAUCCUGGGCCAGGAUAUAUUUUGAAAGUUUGGUUAACAGUCCUUGAUUAUUCUGAAGUUUUGCUUGAAUUGUCCUCAAAGAAAUUAUGGAACAAUGCUGGAAGGUGGAUUAUUAUUGUGUGUAUUCAAGUAUUGAAAUGUAUUUUGAGAUUCUUUCUCAUGUACCAUUACAAGGAAAAAGUGUUGGAAAAUCCACCCAUUCCUGCUCUUCAAAGAAAAAACUGUAAGCCAGGUUUUACACUUGGUUUAAGUUCAGAUGAAAGUGAAGAGCAUAUAGGAUCAUUUUCUUUUACACUUAAACACUCUGGAAGAUUAAUAAGAAAAGUAGACUCAUCACCUCCAGUUGCAUUCAGAAAUUGGAAGCCUAUUCAAAGGAUUGAGUGUGAAAACAAUGAAGUCAUGGAUGAUGUUUUGGCUCAAAGGCAGACAGUCGCAGAGUUUCUAUAUGUUAUAAAGCCUCUUGUUCAUCUAGGAUCGUUGUCAUACUUUGGAAGAACUGCAUGGACACCUUGGAGCUUGUCAUUGUUUAUGGACGUUAUAAGUUUACAUCUUCACAGAUCUUGUAUUGCUACAAAUAGCAAGUGUAUGACAAAGCAGCAGCGUUUGCAAAUAUCUAGGCGUACUUUAGCUCUUCUAUAUUACUUGUUUAGGUCCCCAUUUUAUGAUCGGUAUACAAAAAAUAAAAUGGAAGGUUUAUUAAACACAUUGGGUAAUAAUUUGCCAAUAGUAGGGACUGUUUUUAAAGACCUUGUCCUCUAUUUACCAUUUUGGCAAAAUACUUACUUUUACAUGUGGUCAUCAUAAAAUAUUUAUUUAACAAUAUUAAUGUGUUAAAGAUACUCGUCUGUGAUGUAUCAAGUUUUUUAUAAAUCGAAAUUAGCGCAAUAACGGUGCUGGUACAUGGGUA